AGUGAAUGAAUUACAGCGAAGAAGCUUCUCUCUCCCAUUCAUGCUGAGUUUUCCCAAAGCAAAUGCAGGGCUGGGAGGUGAUGGAAAGUGCUGCUCCAUCAGGUUGUCCCCUGCUCUACCUUGAACUCCAGGAGCUCCCCAGGCAGCAGGACAGGCAAGAAGAUCCACCAUCCACCUAAGAAGGUAGGGGAGGAGUUGCCAUUGCAGUUGCUGGAGUAGACAAGUAGCCUCCACAUUCCUGAGAAGCACAGAGAGCUUGAAAGUCCCUCCCAUGAGCCUCUCUUGGCCUCUUUGAAGGCUGGAGAAUGUGCUACCAAGUGGGAGUCAAUGAUUGCCCAAGCAUGGACUUUGCUGAGGGUCUCCCUGGGGAAAAGAAGAUAAGAAGGGGUGAAGGAAGGAGCACCCUACAACAAGAAUGACUUACUGAGCCCUAUUCCAUGGAGUAUUAACAUGACUUUUACAGACCUGACCAAUAACAGUUUGGGGAACCACACUGGACACCGCAUUAAGGGGGACAAUGAGACUGAGGACUAUACCAAUGAGACCUCCCUAAGCUUGGCCUUGGACCUUCCAGCACUGAGUGUCGGGGUCUUCCUCGCGGUCUUCAUAAUCUUUGCCAUUGAGGGCAACAUCAUGGUCAUCUUGUCUGUGGCUUGCAACAGGCAGUUGCAGACAGUCACCAACUACUUUAUCGUCAACCUGGCCAUCGCCGAUCUCCUGCUGAGCACCACGGUGCUGCCUUUCUCUGCCACCCUGGAGGUGCUGGGCUUCUGGGCUUUUGGAAGGAUCUUCUGCGACAUUUGGGCAGCGGUUGACGUCCUGUGUUGCACUGCUUCUAUCAUGAGCCUCUGCGUCAUUUCUAUAGACAGGUACGUUGGGGUAAAAUACUCAUUGAAGUACCCCACCAUCAUGACCGAGAAGAAAGCGGUGGUCAUCCUUAUCCUGCUUUGGUUGUCCUCUAUGGUCAUCUCUAUUGGACCUCUCCUGGGUUGGAAGGAGCCUCCACCUCCAGAUGACAGUAAGUGUAGCAUCACCGAGGAGCCAGGAUACGCUCUCUUUUCUUCUCUCUUCUCCUUCUAUCUGCCCCUCUUGGUCAUCCUGGUCAUGUACUUUAGAGUCUACAUUGUGGCCAGAAGGACAACCAAGAGCCUGGAGGCUGGGGUGAAGAAGGAGAGGAACAAGUCCAUGGAGGUGGUGCUCAGGAUCCACUGCAGAAGUGUUCUAGAGGAGUCCUGCUCCAGUACCAGGAACAACAAGGGACAUACCUUCAGGAGCUCCCUCUCAGUCAGACUCCUCAAAUUCUCCAGGGAGAAGAAAGCUGCCAAGACCUUGGCCAUCGUAGUUGGGGUGUUCAUCCUCUGCUGGCUCCCCUUCUUCUUUAUACUACCACUGGGUAAGUCUCUUUAUACAUCCCCUCCGACUCACUGAUAAACUAAUACGGCAGGUUCACGAUUCCUUUUUGCAAAAGCUUUUAGGGUUAUCGUUUAGAAUACUUAUACACGGACAGCAAACGGCCACCAGGGAAUUAAAGGGUAAAUAUCCCUCAUUCUUACAUAUUUUUAGUGAUUUGGAGCUCUAACAAGUGUUUUCAUUGCUACAUUGUUUAUUUAAAGGGAUAAGUGUGAGUGUGUGUUGCUGUUCAACAGGUAUCACAUGUGUACAAUAUGUCAUUGUUGUUGGGUCUGUACUAACCAGGUACUGAUGAGGUAUCUUUCUUUUACCAGCACAUGCAGUUGGUCUUAAUUUUACUAUUUAUUGUUUUACUUGACAAUCUACUAUGUUAUUUUUUGUGUUGUGCAGCCUCCAGUUUGGAAGUGCAUAUUUAGUUGCUAAGGUCACUGACCAUAGCAACCUCACAGCGAUUGCCAGUCAGGUAGAUUUAUUGUAUAUGGGAAGUUCUGCGUUUAUUUCAAAAAGGGCUAAUACAAAACCAAAUGUAGCCUUAGCUGCAUUGUGUUUUCUGGUUGAUAGGCAAAGUGACCUUAGCAAUAAGCUCGAAUUCUCAGAUUCUAUUUUUUUCUAAAAAAAAAAAAAAAGUUUUAAAAAAAAAAUGAAAUGUAGUUGAUUAAAUUAUUCUAAUGUUGAUGGUGGGGGAUAAAAAUCAGUGAGGGCCACAUACACAAUGUAGAAGAAAGCAUAAUGAUAACUGUGCCGUUUGGGGGUCACAUUGAAAUACUUUUAAAAAAAAAAUCCCUCAAAACCCAAGUUUCACAUGGCUGAACUACACCUCCCAGUUAUAUCAGGAUUUACUUCUGCUCAUGGUUUAUGGCUGAGCAAAUCCACAGAUGAAAUUUUUCUGAAUUUAUUGCCCCUGGAGACUGAGAAAUAUCUGACAAGAUUGCGUAGGGGACGACUGGGCAGAGCUAUUUACUAAUGUGGUGUUGGCUCUGGGCUGGGAGAGGACAUGACAGAUACACAGUCAAUUCCUGGGCUCUAUCUGCUCGGUCCCUUGGGAGGAUUAUCAAAGCCUGAGAGCUAGAGAGUCUCUGUUGUUGGGGUAAUUGAUUUGUUUAGGUUGGAGGGGUGGAUGGGAACACAAACAAGCUCUCAGUGGGUGCAGGCACAAAAGUGGCUCUUUCUCUAGGCAGGGUGCUGCUUGACUUGUUUAUUCAGAAUAAAGGUCAACUGACCCAAACACUAACAUUGCCCUUUUAUUGUAUAAACAGCAGAGCUCAGGAUCCUUCCAUCAGCUGAUAUCUCCUAACGAAAUGCAGAGCUGCUGCUACAAUUCCCAUUUCACACAGACCAGAGCAUUGGGCUAAUUAAACUGUUCUUGCAGUGUCCUGCAGGGGGAAUGAUACUAAUCGCUCGGCAGAUACUGUGUUGUUUGAGAAUUGUUACAUCAGGGGGGGUUAAUCUUGUACAAGCAGGCAGCAACGUAUGGGAGCAAGACUAAUGAUAUCGUAGAAAUCGUACGAUUCUAAUUAGGAAAGGUAAUUGAAAGAAAGGGUAGUUGAUAUAUUGAGCAUCCUUCCAGCAAAUGUGGUGAUAACGAAAUUGUCUGCACAUGUGUCAUAUAUGAAUGUUCUGAUCUAGACAUGUAAUAGAGAGAAUUUCUGGGGUUACUAGUCAUAUACAAAAGCAGAUACUUACACUAUAGACAAUAUGACAGAAGGAUGUUGUGAAACAGGCUGGAAAUUAGUAAACUGGAUCCUAUACAGUGUGUACCCCAAAUAUUAGCUGGAUCCCAUAAAGUAUGUACCCCAAAUAGUAGCUGGAUCCCAUACAGUGUGUACCCCAAAUAUUAACUGUAUCCCAUACAGUAUGUGCCCCAAAUAUUAACUGUAUCCCAUACUGUAUGUACCCCAAAUAUUAGUUGUAUCCCAUACAGUGUGUACCCCAAAUAUUAACUGGAUCCCAUACAGUAUGUCCCCUCGAAUAUUAACUGUAUCCCAUACUGUAUGUACCCCAAAUAUUAGCUGUAUCCCAUACAGUGUGUACCCAAAAUAUUAACUGGAUCCCAUACAGUAUGUACCCCAAAUAUUAACUGUAUCCCAUACUGUAUGUACCCCAAAUAUUAACUGUAUCCCAUACAGUAUGUGCCCCAAAUAUUAACUGUAUCCCAUACUGUAUGUACCCCAAAUAUUAGUUGUAUCCCAUACAGUGUGUACCCCGAAUAUUAACUGUAUCCCAUACUGUAUGUACCCCAAAUAUUAGCUGGAUCCCAUACAGUAUCUACCCCAAAUAUUAAUUGUAUCCCAUACAGUAUGUGCCCCAAAUAUUAAUUGUAUCCCAUACAGUAUGUACCCCAAAUAUUAGCUGGAUCCCAUACAGUAUGUACCCCAAAUAUUAACUGGAUCCCAAUCCCGUCUUGUGUAUCCACUGGACCUACAUCUUUCCUGAUGACACACUUGCAUUUGGUCUAUUACAGAACCAGAUUCUAUUCAAACUGGGAACAGGUCCACCCUUAGCAAUAACCUGCACCCAGAUCUGGACUGAAUUUGAAUUGUUGCCCACAGAUUGGGUAAAUGGGAAGAAACAGGGGGUUCACCCUCCAAAAACAAACUGUUCCUGUAUCUGCUGGGAAUGUGCUGGUCCCAGAACUGAUUUAUAGCAGGGAGGCACCGGCAGCCCUUAGAUUGGAGUAUUUGCCUGGAAUAUAUGGGAGGUAAGUGUUAAUUGGAUUUGUGUCCAUAGCCCAGUCAGUAAUGUGAUCCUGCAGGUACCAGUGUAUUACAGUUAUUAGCGUCGCUGGAUUUUGGCACCGGCUGCUGUUAUUUAAUAAUUUCCUAUUCUGCAACACCUUGGCCUGGGACUUUAUUUUCCUUACCUCCUCUCAGCACAAACACUGGGAACAAAAGCAAUCGCAUUAAAUGCAACGUUUUCUCGACCCCUGUUUAGCAAUGAAAAGAUCAUUUAAUCAUAUAACUGCCAAUGACAAGCGAUCUGUAUCACUUUUGCUGAACUACAGCUAGCAGUAUGUGCCAGCCAGGGAAAUGUAAAGGUUUUUUGUUUUUUGGGGGUUCAGGGCCCUGUAGGUCAUGCCCUGCUCCUUAGCACAA